AUGCCGCUCAACGAUCGUAUUCCGCCUCCGAGGCUGUCCACUAAGUGGGAGAGAGAUGAACAACGGCUGCCCGAAACAAACUUGGCCCUUCAGCUUGAGUACUUCCAGAGGUCGCAGAGACGAACCGAAAGCCAGAAGAAUGUAGCCAUCACUAAAAUUAUAGAAAUAAUAGUAGAGGUCGAAAAACGCAGCCUGCUUUUUCCAAGCCUGAGACCUGAGGACUGGAACACAUCUUGGGAACAUCUCUGUAGCUCAGGUAUCCUAUCCCAUCAACUCUGCCUCGCCAUUGCUUUCCAAGUCGAGAAGCGCGAACCUGGUCCAAUGGCGUUUGAAUAUUCAAGAAAGCUACAAAGUACCCUUGGUCUUCGCUUUUACAUUGGUGUAGGAAGUGUCGAUGCGCUGCGCAAUCUUGAUCUUGAAGCUAAAUGGAUUACUGCCAUUGCCAUUCCCGCUGCUCGCAGGCAACAUGCUCUUGUCGGUUUAUCCGAGGCAUGCGCUAUAGCUGGAAAUCUCAACGAUGUUAGGGGAUUUACCGGAGAUAUACUUCCCGACAAUAUCUCUGUCGUUCCUCAAGCACCCCGGCUCAAUAGGGACCCUCAAAGUGAUCUCUACAUCCGGACCAAGGAGGGACGGAGAGGGACGACUGUUUCACGCGAAUCGACACUCCUUUUCCUCGCAUAUAGAGCUCUUGUGUGCCAUUAUACGGUAUGGUUCUGCCCUGCAAAGAGGCUUGAUCAAGGACAUAGCUGGGAUUUCAAAGCCGUAAUUGAUCAGAUGGCUAAAGAGUAUGAGUCUGUUAUACAGCUCCGAAACCGCUCAUGGGUCCGUUGCGUAUAUGGCGUUCCUAGUGUUGUGAGCUGUGAAGCUAAAGUCUGGUUUGUGUGGGCCGCUGGUACAGAGCCUGUUGCCAUCUGA